AGCAUUACGACAGGUUGCGUCAUUCUGAAGUAACACUUUACGGCAGUGUUGACAUCUGCGGUUUUCUUAUGUUGCAGUUAUGAUUUGUUUCCCACAAAAACUGUCGGUAAAUGAGUGUUUUUGACUUAUUUCGCGGAUUCUUCGGAGUACCCGGAGGCCGUUAUCAUGGCCGAAGGGAUUCCUUCUUCGAUACCAUGACUCAUGACGACGACGACGACGAUUAUGAAGAAGAUGGAUUCUAUUAUGAUGGGUUCCGUGAAGACCAGCAGAACCCCUUUGGUGCCUGGAGGUUUGGCUUCAGCUUUGGCCCAGACGGGACCAGGAUCCAGGAGCCCCCACUGUUUGGCCACGUCCUCCAAGAGAUGGAGGAGAUAUUUUCCCAGAUGGGCCGCUGGGAGGGACAGUUAGGUGUUCCCAGUAUCAUGCCACCUCCAUGUCAUGAGAGAGCAGAGAGUGGUGGUGGGAACCACCUGAGAGACUUUAUGUUGAAAACCCCUGACAGUGAACCAGAACGGCCCCAAGCAGCGCCAUCCAGAGAGCCCAGAUAUGAUAGCCACCCUUCCUAUGAAUCACCAGGACUUCCCAGCUCACCAUUUCAUGGGUCGUCACCUUUUUCAAAGUUUAAUGAUAUUUGGAGAAGGGGGCCACAGAAAGCACCAGAACAGGACCACAAAGAAGACAGAGAUCUGGACUCUGCAGUGUCCUCCUCAGGCCUGGAUCAGAUUUUGACGCCACCUGCUGGUCAGAUUCCAAGCCAGCCCAGGACUCGAUCAUUCUUCCAGUCAGUCACUGUCACCAAGGUGGUGAAACCUGAUGGGACCAUAGAGGAAAGGCGUACAGUUAGAGACGGCCAAGGUAACGAGGAGACCACCGUGACCCGUUCCGGAGGUCCUGGGAACCUGGAAGGACCAGACCAUCAAACUGGACCUGUUCUACCAGGUAGUUUUUCAGACAUGCGGGAUGAUGACUCUUUAUUCACCAAGUUCUUCAGGGGAUUUAAGUAACACAAAGUGAAGUAUUAUCUCUGGGCUGAUUGACCUUAGGUUUUGUUGCCUGAAAACCUUUCAGUAUAGGAGUGCUUCUCUAGAUUCUCUUGUGAGUUGGCAUAUUUAUACUCUGUAUAUGAAUGGACUCUUGUAUGCCUGUCUGCCUUCCUCUGCAGACUAGAUGCUGCCAGUUCUGAAGACCACUCAUUUUGACACAAUGAGACAGGCAUUAAAACACUUCAGUGACAUAUUUUUGUGUUGUCUUGUAGACAAACCUGUGUGUAUGAUGAAUCAGAUAAAAAAGGUCUAUGAAGUACGUACUUGGUGUUUGCCUGCUAAUUUAAAUUCAGUUCAUAUCACUUUAAAGUGAAGCUGUGUAACUUACAAUUAGAAACUGCACCAUUAUUGUCUUACAAAUUAAAAGUUGAAAUCAUAACCAAUAAAAGGCAAUGUAGUUCAGUUCAAUAUAUUUAUGGUGUUUGCCACUACAGCCUUACCUUAACAUCAUUUGUCUGUGGUUCAUAACUAACAUUAAGGUGAACCUCUGGUUUCUGGAACUAGCAAACACUGCAGUCUAAAAGAAAUUUGAGAAGAAUAGUUCUUGAACUGCUGCGAUGACUGAAACCGUUUAACUUAAAGAUAUAAUUUGGAUAUUCUUUAUAAAUAUCUCGUGUUUUGCCGCCCCCGUGUUUGUACUUCAAUGAGCCCAAAGACUUGUUCCUCAGUCAUCAUGCCAUAUUUGCAGAUUUUGUGGUAUUUCUAGAUGAAAUGACCUUGAUAAACAAUGUAACAGAAAAUGCAGCCUGUUCUACAUAUUUCUACCCGCUGUCCUGUUUAUACCAAGCUUUUCACUUAUAAUCUUGAUCUCUCCAGUUUGGAAUCAAGCCUUAUCAUGUCUUCAUCCAUUAAACAGGGCAUGACCACAUUCCACCUAAUGUUAUCUCUUUAUCUUAUUUAGCUCCACCUUUCCCCCUUUUCUUCAACUGCACUGUCCUUUUUCUUUUUCAU